UCUUAAAAUGACCGUUAUAUUUUUUGAUGCCGAAGCUGAAGUCAAUUGUUGACUAUUUGUGUUAUGUUUACGUGUAUUAAACUAUUGCACUAUUGGAUUGCUUGUUACAUAAAGUUUAGUGUUUAGUGUUUACCAUUUAGUGCUUACCUUUAAUAAUUAUAUUGUGUUCAUUAAAUAAAUUAUUUUUUUGUUAUAAUAUUUAAGGAGAAAUAAUGAAUGAUUCAAAAGAUCAUCAUUCUACUGGUUCUUAUGUUGAACCAAGAGUUCCGAGUAUAACUGGUUUUGGACAAAGAAAAAUUAAUGGAAAACCUAAGAAAGUACUAGAUUAUUCUUUGGAAAAAUGUAAUGACCAUUCUGGAAUUCCAAAAAUUGAUGUUUGCUUACGCUUAAAACCGAGAAUAAAUAGUAUUCCUACUGAACUUGAUACAUUAACAAUAUUGAGUGAUAAUAUUGUUGCUUGUAACAAUGGAAAUGCUAGAGACGAUGUUACAGAGUAUACAUUUUCUAGUGUAUUUGGUCCAAAUGUUGAUCAAAAAAAAUUUUUUGAUACCUGGGUAUAUGAUAAAGUAUUAAGAUUUCUAAAUGGAAACAAUGAAUUAUUAUUUGCAUAUGGAACAACAAAUGCAGGAAAAACAUAUACAAUUCAUGGAAAUAUAAAUGAUCCUGGUAUGAUACCUAGAACUUUACUACUUGUCUUCAAUUCAUUAGAUAAAAAGUUAAUGUCACAAUGUAAGUACAAACCUGAUAAAGUUAUUGCAGCCCAUAUUUUGGAUGAAAAGUUAAUAGAAUAUGAAGAGGAUAUUAGAAAUAAUAUUUUAAACAAUUGGUGUAAUGAGAAAACUCAAGAUGAAUUAAAGUCUUGUAUAUCUCAUUUGGAUGAAGGACAAACUAUACAUAGCAUUGAUCAACUUACUAAUCAAAGCAUUAUAAAAAUGUUUGAUUGUUUGAAAAACGAUGGAGUAGCGUCUUUGGAUCAUGGCAAUGUCUCCUACACAGUUUGGGUUUCAUAUUCUGAAAUUUACAAUGAAUCCAUCUAUGAUCUGUUGAUAACUUAUUCACCUAACCAAAAACGAGCACCUCUAAAAUUAUCACUUGAUCAAAAUAAGAAUGUAUAUGUUAAAAAUCUCACUCAUGUGUUUGUUCAGUCUGCUGAAGAAGCAUAUAAAGUAAUGUCUUUUGGAAGAAACAAUUUAAGAAUUGCAAGUAACAAUUUAAAUAAAUCUUCAAGCCGUUCACAUUGUAUUUUCACAUUAAAACUAAUGAGAGUGGAAAACAUUGAAAAUCCUAAAACAGCUGUUAUUAGCAGUAUUUCAUUUUGUGAUUUGGCUGGUUCAGAACGCCUUAAAAAAACUAUGAAUAUUGGUGAUCGCCUUACAGAAUCUAAAAAUAUUAAUACUUCACUAUUAGUUUUAAAUAAAUGCUUCUCUGUAUUACGUGAAAAUCAAAAAAAGGGAGAAAAUCAUUUGGUACCUUAUAGAGAGUCAAAAUUAACUCAGAUGUUUCAAACCGCUUUAACUGGAAACAACAGAACCGGUAUAUCAAUGGCAGUUAACGUGGAUAUGUCUCCAAAUCUAUUAGAAGAAACCAAACAAGUAUUAUUUAUGUCUGCUAUUGUGCGUGCAAUUAAUAAAACAAAAUCAAAACCCAUUUCAAAACCAAGACCAAGUUUUGCCAUAUGGGCUGCUAAUAACAGAAAAAGUUUAAAACAGGCAACCUCCAAACAAAGUCCAAUAAUUGAAGAUGAGAACAGCAUAAAUGAAUCGAAAUGUGAACAUAAAUUGAUUUCUAAUGAAGAUUUUGAAGCAAAACUCAAAGAAAGGGAAUCAAUACUUCGAAAAGAAUUACUCCAACAAUUUCAUUCAAUUUUAAAUAACAAUAAUGCAUUUCACAAUAAACAAAAAGAAACUAUGAUAAAAAAUAAAACAGAAAUGUAUGAAAAUAAAAUAAAACGAUUAAAAGCAUAUUAUAUUGAAGAAAUUCGAGAGAGGGAUGAGAAAUUAGCACUUCAUUCAAAUCCUAACCUCACAAAUACUUAUGAAAAUAAUAAAAAUAAGAGUGAAAUGGAAAAUUAUGAAUUUAGAAUUGGAGAACUUGAAAUUCAAAAGGAAGAAUUACUUGCUGAAAUUAAUGAAUUGAAAAAUGUUCAUGAUUUAAGGAAAGAAGAUAUUGAUGUUAAAAAUCGUGAAAUUGAAAACUACAAAGCCAUGUUAGAUGAGGCAAAUACUGAAUAUGAACAAAUGGAAAAUGUUAUAAAUGAGAUGAAUAACAAAUUUGAUAUGCUGUAUCAAGAACUUGAAGACAAAAAUUUAGAAAUUGAACGACUUAGUGGUUCUUUAGAAGCCAAAGACAAUUAUAUUACAGAAAUGGAACUGCUACAAGAAGAACGUAUAACUGAAGUGGCAGAGCAAAAAAUUUUAAAAUACAUGGAUGAAAAAAUGGAGACAAUAGUUGGCUUGGAAAAUACUAUAAUGAAAUUGAAAACAAAGAAUAAAAAAUAUAAUGAAGAAAAAUCUAAUAUGGCAAAACAAUAUCAAACAUUGAAACAGCAAUACUUACAAAUGUCAAAAGCUGCUGAAAAAUCUAGUGAUACAAAUGAGUCUCAACUGCUUACAAAGUUAACAGAUAAAGAUUCACAGAUUGCCAAACUCCAAGAAUAUGUACAAAAAUUAGAACAUGAAUUCAAGGAUAAUGAAAAUAAAGUUAAUGAACUACAGACUACAAUUGAUAAUUUAAAAACAGCGAAUGUAAAACCAUCAACUAAAAGUAUAGGGGUCUUAACAACUUUAAACAAUGUCCAAUUACCUUUAAAAGUCAUUGAUGUAUUAGAAGACAAAGAAAAUAUGCAUGCAAAAUCAGAUCAUAGACCUCAAAGAAAAUGUAGAAACAAGACGCCACUGUCAACAAUUAGGAAAACAAAAAAUUUGAAAAUAGAAACUCCUGAUAGUUGUGACAAGAAAUUGGAUGAAGCUAUAGCUAACAUACCAAUUAGUACACGCAAACGCAAGUUGUUUGACAAUAAACCUCCAUUACUUGACAAUAGUAAUAUGCCGUCUGAUAAUUCCAUGAAUUCAGUGCUUUCUCCUGCACGGGCACUACUUCAAGUCUCAAAAUUACGUGCUAAAUAAUAAUAUUUUUGUCUCUGAUUUAUAAAUGUAUAUAAUUUCAACGAUUUUGUAAUUAUUUUUAAUAG